GAGCAGCACUCACCGUGCGCAGACAAGUUUGCAAUCGUGCUAUGGACUGAGCAAAUCUCACAAAGACUGCUUUCGACAUCACAAACGGGCCAGUUGGCUCGACAAACAAGCGGAGAUGUUGCCAUAUAUCAAUGCUCCUUUCGACUUUGUCGCAGGCAAGCUCGGGGCCUCGACAGAUGAACUCAAGCUCAUAACUUCGUUCCUAUUGUCCUAUCCACUCGCGGCCGUUCUCAAGCGUCUUCCUGACGAGAAGCCACAUUUGAAGAAUGUCUUCAGCAUAUCCGUGGCGUUAUUCUACCUGGUUGGGCUAUUCGACCUCUGGAGUGGCCUGGCAGUUGUGCUCUUCGACGCAAUCGGAACCUACCUGAUCGCCGCACACAUCCAAGGACCUUACAUGCCAUGGAUUGGCUUCACCUUCCUCAUGGGUCAUAUGUCUGUCAGCCACAUCUAUCGCAUGAUCGAGAACAGUCCGAGCUCAGUCGACAUCACGGGCGCCCAAAUGGUCCUCGUGAUGAAGCUCUCUGCUUUCUGCUGGAAUGUCUGGGAUGGCACGCAAAAGGAAGAGGAUCUGAAUGACGUCCAAAAGGAGAGGGCGAUUAGGAAAUUGCCUGGCCUCUUGGACUAUGCCGGAUUUGUGGCGUUCUUUCCCUCAAUCAUGAUCGGUCCUGCUUUCGACUAUGCCGACUACGAGAGGUGGCUCAAUACGACUAUGUUCCAGCUCCCUCCAGGUACGGACCCUGCAAAGGCCCCAGCUACGCGCAAGAAACGCAAGAUUCCCAGAAGUGCUACUCCAGCCAUGUUCAAGCUUGUUACUGGCUUGCUCUGGACGCUUGGCUUUCUUCAGCUGUCGGCCUACUUCUACCCAGAACUACUUCUGAGUGACGAGUAUGCGAAAAUGAACAUCUUCAAGCGUAUCUUUCACAUGUAUGCUAUGAAUUUUGUUCAGCGAAUGAAGUACUACGGCGUGUGGACAUUGACAGAAGGCGCAUGUAUCCUGUCGGGAAUUGGCUACAAAGGACUCAAUCCAAAGACUGGAAAGCCUGACUGGGAUCGUCUCACCAAUAUCAAGCCUUGGGGCGUUGAGCUUGCGCAAAACACUCAUGCCUAUCUUGGCAACUGGAACAUCAAUACCAACCACUGGCUGCGAAAUUACAUCUACCUGCGUGUCACACCAAAGGGAAAGAAGCCUGGUUUCAGAGCUAGCAUGGCGACUUUCGUUACCAGUGCUUUCUGGCACGGUUUUGCACCAGGCUACUACUUGGCAUUUGUGCUCGCAAGCUUCAUUCAGAACGUGGCAAAGAACGCGCGUCGCCUCAUACGCCCCUUCUUCAUGUCACCAGACGGCACAAAACCGACCAAAUAUAAGCCCUACUACGACGUCUUCACCUGGCUCGUCACCCAACUGGUCUUCUCUUUCACAACCACACCCUUCAUCUUACUCUCCAUCCACGACAGUCUUCUGGCCUGGAGGCGCGUCUACUUCUACGCCGUCGUCGGCGUUGCACUUUCCAGCGGCUUCCUCGCCACACCCGGCAAAGCCUGGCUAUCGAAACAAGUCAAAGCACGAGGUGGCAGACCACAGCUCAAAAAGACGGACAGCUACGAGCAUAUGUCUGGCGCGACGCUCGGUGUACCGUCGGAACCGGGUAAGGAAUUUGAUGAGUUUGUUGAUGAGAUUGUGGAAGAGGUGAAGAAGAGGAAGGGGUCGCAAGCUGCUGCUAUUCCUGAUGCGCAGGAACUUAGGCGCAGAGUUGAGGCUGCAUUGAAGAGUAAGACGAGUGGGAAGGAUUUGAAAGAAUUGUGAUGAAAGAGAGAUGCUGUGAUUUGAUAAAAAGCGACUAAGCAAUAUCUUGAAUUGACUGUUCAACACUUUCCGUAGCACAAUCGUAAUUCUGUGUG